GCGGCGGCAAAGAACCAGUUUCAGCAAUGGUAUCCGGAAUACGGCUUCAUCUUUGACCGCAUCUUGCAUAACAACUGCUCAUCGCAGUACGAACUCUACACCAACGGCACAGAGAACCGAACGGAAUGGGAACAAUCUUCCCGUUGGCUCGGUGCAGGCUCCACCUCCGCGCUCAUCGUGCCUCUUGUCAACUGCGUACUGGAGAACGCCCCCGAAUAUGUCAAGAGUGGAAUGGCUGGCGCGAGUGUAAUAUUAGGCCUGACUCCAAGUAUUCUUGCUGGCCUUGGUUCCGACUUAGCUGAGAGAUCGGUUCUAUCCGUCAUUGGAAGGCGUCCUUUCCUCGCACUUUUCCUGAGUGUGGGAUCUCCCGCCGUGUCUCCCUUGCCGCUAUUCGAGCACCGCAAGUUUAUUGAAAUCUUGGAUGAACGGAGGGGCCGAAUGGAACCCAAGUUCUUCACUAGUGAGAAGUUGUACGUCGAAAGUAUGAUUCUGAUAGCUGAGUGCUUGGUUGUCUUUGGUGCCAUUGCCAACAACGCCCUUCUUGCGCGCGACCUUGCGAUUAGAGCCGUGGCGAGUUUUGCGCCGCAGCUGACAUAUCUGCCUCUUCUCUGGAUCUCUCUGGCCGCUGCUCCGCAUAUAUUUGCGGUAAUUGCUCUUUCAUGUCUUAUUGCUGUCCAACCCGCAACACAUGAGAUGUCAUUCGGACGCCGGCUCAAGGCAUGGCUCAAGGCAUGGUUCGUGCCGUGGAUGAAGCCGGAGGCUGCUACUCUUAUAACGGAUAACGAAAGUGCAACGUACCUGUCGCUUUCGUCUUUCGUGUCAAUUCUCACUUGUAUGCAUUUCAUUUUCGGCACACUUCUCUUUUCAAGUAUUCUCUUUGUUUCAGUCCGAGAUAGCCUUCCCAUCGUGGGCCGAUUUCUAGCUUCGGUUUUUGUUUGUAGACUCGUUCUCAUGUAUGAGCUUGCGAGGCUCAGG